AUGUCCUACCCCCAGUUCGGAUACCCGUACUCAUCCGCACCCCAGUUCCUGAUGACCACCAACUCCUUGACAACUUGCUGUGAGACCAGUGGCAGGUCCUUGGCGGACUCAGGAGCAGCGCCCUCCACUCAGACCCCUGUCUACUGUCCGGUGUAUGAGAGCAGGCUGCUGGCCACAGCCAGGCACGAACUCAACUCGGCAGCUGCCCUGGGAGUCUAUGGGAAUCCCUACACAAACACUCAAGGCUAUGGCAACUACGUCACCUACGGGACAGAGGCAUCAGCCUUCUAUUCCUUGAAUAGCUUUGAUUCGAAGGAUGGGAGCGGAUCUGCGCAUGCAGGCAUCACCCAGGCGACUGCUUACUAUCCCUACGAUCACACGCUCAGUCAGUAUCAAUAUGACAGAUAUAGCACCAUGGACGGAGGGACACGGAGGAAAAACGCCACUCGGGAAACAACCAGCACACUGAAGGCCUGGCUGCAGGAGCACCGCAAGAACCCCUACCCAACUAAGGGCGAGAAGAUCAUGCUGGCCAUCAUCACCAAGAUGACCCUCACACAGGUCUCCACCUGGUUUGCCAAUGCCCGCAGGAGGCUCAAGAAGGAGAACAAGAUGACAUGGCCCCCAAGGAACAAGUGUACUGAUGAAAAAAGGCCCUACGAGGAGGACGAGGAGGGAGAGGGUCAAGGGGAGAACCUAAAGGAUGAGAAAGUCGAGGAACCCUCCGGCAAGGAGGACAAAGAGCUGGGCCUAAGCGACCUGGACGACUACGAUCCGCUGGAGUCGGAAAGCUCGGAGGGCGAAAUGAAGGCUCAAGCCUUCGGCCGCGUGGAGAGCGAUGCGUGUGCUAACGAGCCAAGCAAGGAGCCCGCUCUGGUCACGGGAGCUGCCUCGCUGCAAAGCACCCUCGACAGAACCAAGGAGCCUUCGUUGGGGCCGGAAGACUGCGAGGCAGCGGAGUUGCUGAACGCCAGGCAAAGGAGCUGCGAGGCCAAGCCGUGUUACCCUCAGCCGCCGCCGCCUUCGCCGCUCCUCGAGGGCAGCGGCAAGCCGAGGAUCUGGUCGCUGGCGCACACGGCCACCUCGCUCAACCAGGCAGAGUACCCGUCGUGCAUGCUGAAGCGCCAGCAGGGGGCGGCGAGCGGCGUCGGGGCCGCGCAGGCCGUGAGCGUCCUCGAGAGGCCCCCGAAGGAUUCCCCCGUUACCAACCUCAGGAACUGGGUGGACGGCGUGUUCCACGACCCCCUCUUCAGGCACAGUACUUUGAACCAGGCCUUGAACAGCACCACAGUGUCUUGGGCGACCACCAAAGGCUCCAUCUUGGAGACCGGAGCCUUGGGGCGCUCGCUGGGGGGCGGAGCCGCCGUGCUCAAGGGGCAGCUGGCCGGCCUGGCUGGGCCCCAGGACUCCGGCAAAGACUUCCUGGCUUUUCCCAAAGCGGGCAGCAAAAUGUUCUGCUCUUAACGACCGAGCCCCGUCCCGUCCCGUCCGCCUCCCUGGGUGAGGGUGGGAAAAGGCAAGGCGGAGAAAGACUCGGGCUUGGCGAGCCGCUGAGGCGGGGUGGGCCUGGUGACUUGGUGGGGAACCCGAAAGACUUGGAGAGAAUUUAGAUUUGGGCAGGAAACGUUUUUCAGGAGCGGAGCGGAACAGGCAUUUUAAAAGUGCGGCUGCAGAUAUCAAGCGAAAGAAAGAGAUUCCCUUCUGUGUUGCUUGGGAGUUUUUAUCACCUUCAGCAAUUGAGGUUUUCGCCACUGAUCUUUUCCUGCCGCGCACGCGCCACUCGCGCCGCCUUGAGAAUUUCCCGGGGGCAAGUUUACAAGGCGCGAGAUUCGAAUUCAGCUUCUUCGAGGAGGGGAGGGGGCCUCGUUCUUUUCUUUUAAUUUGUGGCAUGCCGAUCUUAGUUACCAAAAAGACUUUCUCGAACUUUUCCUCCCCCCUCCUCUCCUCUUUUCAUUGUUAGCAUCUCAUCCACAAAGGUCGCACUUCUUUCACCGAGUUGACACCCCAUUGCGCUCACGCACACUAGCACAGAAUUUUUGAACUUGACAAAUAAACUGUGUCGAAAAGGUAUGUUCACUCCAAAUAAAUUGUCU